GCCGGCGAGACACGAGGAUGGUCGCCGCUCCGCCCUUCCGUCCGUUCAGGACAAGCGGAGGCCGCGCUCAGAUCUGGGCAUUUGCCUCCCGCGCUGGCGCUGGGCCGGGGCUGGGCCACCAGGGCUUCAUGGAGUGACAGCGAAUUCGACCGCGGAGCGCGAGGAGGAGGAGCCAGGAGAAGAGGAGGACGACAAGAGGCGGAGGAGAGCGGAGCUCAAGCGGAGCUCGACCAGCCUGGGCCACAGGCGGGGCAGCGAGGAGAGGCAGCGCGCGGCCACGUGUUACCUGGCGCGGCUUUGCGCCGUGGCACCGCCGGUCCCCGAAUUCCAUCAGGGGGAGGGGAUGAGGAGAGGGAGGGAAUUUCUGGUGAGGGAAGCGAGGUCUCAAAAAACACAGACAGCUAAACAUGCCAAAACCCUCUACUGGCGUGCUCGCCUUGAGCCCAUACUCUACAAGACCAAAUGGCGAUACCAAACGUGGAUGGCAGGCUGCGCUGUAUUACGUCAAUCAUCUUAAACAAAAAACAAGCAUCCCCCGUGCGCUGUCGUCCAGCGACCCACCAGAACGAAUGACACCUAUAAUGAGAUCGUGCCAGGGAUAGAAAGGACCGAAACCAUUCACGCAGAUACUUACCUGCCCUGGCACACUGGAUCUGGCUCACGUGUUACCAGACUC